AUCUCUAUUCUCCUUCUCGAGUCUGAACUUGCCCUCUCUCUCUCUCUCUCUCUCUCUGUGCAACUGCAAACUACAAAAUCUACAAGAAUCAAAAGUUCAAAACCCAUACAUUUCAGUUUAUCUAUCUGUCUGCAAGAAUCAAAAGUUCAAAACCUAUUACCUAUAUCAAAACCCAUAUCGGCAUUUCAUUUCGGAUUGUUCAAAAAAUCAAAACCCACAUCUUUCAGUUUCCAUCGCCCGCUGUUCCAGUUCGGGUUCUCCGUUCGCAAGCUUCAGCCGCUGUCUCUCAACUCUCAAGCUUGCCCCCCUCUCUCUCUCCUACUGCUAACUUGAUUUGAAAGACUAAUUGGUAAAUUUGGGUUGAACUUGAGUCUUGAACAAGCUGAAGGCCUUAUCGUGGAUUAUAAUUUUUACAAUUACAGCAUCCUACGGUCCUACCAUCUUUUAUAGUGCUUUCAUCACUUCAGACUAACUUUUGUGCUUUGAGCAACUUGGGGGAGCUUGAUUUGAGUGUUAGUGUGAAGGGGCUGAUUACAGUAAAAUUCGUUGCUUAUAACAAAUUGAAAGACACCUAGUGGAUUUCAAGGCAAGAUCUCAACAUUUCCACAGAAUAAAGAUGGAGGUAAAAGUCGUUUCAAGAGAAAUUGGUGUUUACGCUGAUUGAAGCACUUCGAGAGUUGAAUAUUGUGGUUUGGAAUAACGAUACUAUUACGAACGACUCCAUUGGCAGUUUACUAUGUAGUAACAGAUUGCGUUGCAGUCAUUCAAGAAUCAGAAUGAAGUUGAAUGUAGUUUGCAGAAAAGUAUACGAUUACAUACGUUAUGAUCUAAAAGAAAUUGCAUUUCCUUCGUCUUUGCCUGAUCCGCCUCAUAUAAAAAAGCGUCGGAAAUUAACUUGGAGAGAGCGAUAUCUUGUGUUAAAAGAAGCAUCUAGGCUUUAUGCUGCAAGCUGGGUGAGGGAUAUUGGUCCUGAUCUUCGGCCAAAUGAUUAUAAGAAGAAUGAAGAGAGUGUUGAUAAGUCCAACGGAGAAAAUUGCAAAAGUAAAGAGAGAGAAUCCUCCACAUUGGAGGAUCUUGCGGUGGCUGCCAGAGGAGGAAUGGAGACGCUUAGGCCUGCUUUGCAGCGGGUGUACAUGACAAGAGCUUCUGCAUAUAGAGAUGCACUCAAAAGUUUCAUCGAAGGGUAUCAAGAAGGUAUACAGCAAGUCAUGGAGAAGAAUGAAGAUUCUAAAUCUCAGCAGGAAGAGGAUAAGCCCAAAACAUCGAGUUGAUCUUUCUAGUGAGAGUCCACUUUUCUUAGUUCUUUGCCGCAAAUGAACUGAGUUUUCCCCCCUUGCCAUUUUUUUUUUUUUGCAAAAAGCAGCUUUGCAGUAGUAAAGUCUCAUUUGUUGUGUUGGCCGAAGUUACAAGAGUCACAUUAUAUGUUCGAAUAUCCCAAAACGAUCUUUCGGUUCUGGGAGGAAUUCGGAAAACUCCUUUUCUAUGGAGGCAUUGUGCAGCUUUGCUAUAGUGAUGUUUCUAAGGAAUUACCUGUAACAAUUUUGAAUAUUAAAUGUAUCUAGAUAAGCUUUUGCUUAUUGAAUUCAAUCUUCAAAGCUUAUUGAAUUCAAUCUUCAAAUAUUUAUCAUCCAUUUUUUUGUUUUGA